CUAGCCUAGCGCGAAUUUUUCUUCAUUCGGUCCCAAUUUAAGACUGCUGAUUGUCAACCUCAACGCGGCAACUCACUCAACUAUUCUCUUUGGUGUGGCUUCCAGGCGAGAAAAAUGGCGGGUGGCGGAGGAGUCAUGGAUAGUGAUCUGGAAGAUGGAGAGAUCUCCGGCUCUGGGUCUGAUUCAGAGAUGAGGACCACCGGCGCAGCGGCACAAGCUCGACCCCAGGCUCCUCCAGCGUUCAGCGGCCACUCCUUCCAGAACAGAGCCGCCGCACAGCCCUCUGCAGCCGCCUACCGCAGCAUGACGGCGGACUCCAGUGGCAGCGACGCGGCCUCUUCAGACGAGGAGUCUUCUGUUUGGCGCCGAAAGCGUCAGAAAGUCACCAACGCUCCUCAGGUGCCUGCAUGCAUUGCACGGCCAGGGCCGACCCGCAUGCAGGACCCUGGGGUGCUGGCAAACCGCAAGGUAAACAACAUCUGGGGCUCUGUGGUGCAGGAGCAGUGCCAGGAUGCUAUAACUGCAGAGCUGGGCAUAUUUGGCAUGGAGGGUGAAGUCAGCACGUCCAGCAGAAAUGUGGAGACUUAUAACUACGUCUUGGCCCGUAAGAUAAUGGAAAAAGAGAGGGAGCUGGAGAAGCUGUCGAAGGAUGAUGGAGAAGUGAACAUGCUGGACACCCAGCUAGAGGAGUACAUGAAGGGGCGGGGGUCAGAGGACAGGGCGGAUGACAAUGCUAAGAGGAAGAGGUCAGCUAAAGAGAGACUGGGCCCCCGAGCUGAGAUGGACAUCAAGGGUCGAUACGAGAUCACAGAGGAUGACCCUGAUGAAAAGGUGGUGGAUGAAAUUGCACACAGACUGCAAGAGCCUAAGGUAGACCUGAUACAGCGUGUCGUUAAUGUUGUCGGGAAGAAAAAAGCCAUAGAACUGCUGGGAGAGACUGCCACACUGGAGGAAAGCGGCGGUGUGUACACCAUGGACGGCAGCAGGCGACGGACACCCGGUGGAGUGUAUCUCAACCUGCUGAAGAACACGCCCAGCAUCACCAAGGCUCAGAUCAGGGAGAUUUUCUUUGACGAAACGCAAAAAGAGUGCAAGAACAAGAAGGCCGCCCAGAAGAGGAGGCGGCACGUCGUGGCUAAGAAGAUGAAGCAGGCCAUAGGUACACUGAACCUGCAGGAGCAUGACGAUGUUUCUAGGGAGACCUUUGCUAGCGACACCAACGAGGCCUUGGAGUCACUGGAGGAGGCUGCAGAAGAGGGCCAGGAGGAGUCUGCUGUGGGCAUAGAGGAGACAGCGGUGGUCUACAACUCUGCAGACCUGGAGGUCUUUUGAGGGCUGACUGCUCUCUGAACAAUGGAAAAAUAGAAAUCAAACAUUGAAAGCACUGUCUAAGUAAUGUCUCUGCUGAAUACAGAAUCACGCCUUUUUUGUUGUUGUUUUCUUUACCCUAAUGAUAAAACAAUAAUUGUGUUAACAAAAAUAUUGUUUUUGGUUCAUACAGCCUGGUUUUGUAGGUUUUAGCACAUGUAAACACACUAAGACUUACUGAGAGUUAGUUUCUGUUGUGAUAUAAAUGGUGUUUGCCUUGAAGUCAAAUUCUGAUCUGUUUGCAAAUGUUGCUGCACGAUAAGGUAAAAAUGAAGCACUCUUGAUUUUCAGUUUCUUUGUUAUACUUUUCAUAAUGAGAUCAUGCAGGCUUGAUUUGUGAAAUAAAUGUGUGUAACUGUAUCUGGGAUAUUAAUUAAGGUGU